AUGGUCUUCGGUUUGUUGUCUGAACGAUUCUUAGUGGAGUGCAUGAACACACAGUUGGGUGAUGUGGAGGUGGUCCCGCAACUCUCGAAGCGGGCCACACGGUAUUCUGCGGAAAUGGUGAAGCUCCUGUUGAUCAUGGACCGAACGCACUCAUCGAACUGGGCGUCCCUCUCGACAAUGCUGACGCAGCUUCUCAAGUGCAUCGAAAGCAACAUUGAGGCGGCCACCGAAGUUCUGCCAGAUCCUGUCUUACUCUGUCGUGUCAUUUGGAAGUGCUUUGAUCCGAAGGGCGUCAUGGGAGUGCAUCGAAAAGCUCUUGACGUCUUGCAACGUUUGUGCCUGUGCGUGGGGACCUCCGCGCUCAUCCGGCAGAUGCCGCUGUUGCUAGUUGGCGUGCUGGAGCUCUUGCCUCAGUGCUCUAUUCAGGUAAAGUGCGAGUUGCUGCAUUUUGUGGAGGUUCACAUGCUGCGCACACUUCCUCCUGGCGUCGUGGCUGUGGAGCUGCCUGGGAUUCUUUCAGCAAUACUGGGCGGCCUGGAGGAAAAAGACACAACAGAAGUCUACCGUUCGACACUUAAAAUAAUGGAAGCCCUCCACACAAUCUUAAGGAACGCAGAAACAAUGAUAUCUGCGAACUCAAAUCCAAUUGAGGAGGUGGACGAUAACCACCACGAGAAGGAAAUACCGUUAGGGAAUAGUUCAGAAGGGGGCGGCGAGGUGAUUCUUUACUCGGCGUUGUGGCUGACGCUGAAGAAUUGCCCUUCGUUGCGCGCUUGUGUCCUACUGUACUUGAAGAUGCGAUUGUGUGUGGGUGUCUCACAGGCCCAUAGCGUCGGCCAUGGAUCUGUCCUGGCGGAGAGUGAGGGUUUGGAGAAGGAAAAAAAAAACAUCUGCCUCCUAGCCGCACCCACACCGUUCUCCAUUAUUCUUGGUAGUGAUCCUCGUAUUGUUCACAGCGCUAUUUUUGCUACGCUACAGGAGCAGAGCGAGAGGAAACAUCGGCUCAUGCUGGAUAUUCUAAUCAGCGCAUUUCCGCUGGAUGUUGAAACAACAUUUACGUUUGAAGAACGUUCUUGGUUAGUGGCGGCUGUGAUUCAGUUGCUUGGCUUUUCAGAUGUUAAUAUUAGCAUACGUCGACGUAUCGCUGGGUGGUUGACUGGUUCCAACCCUGGAAGGGCUUCUAUGUACGUGCAGGAGGUUUCAUCAUUUCUCGUGGCCCACGCAUUCUACGGAGUUGUACGCUGGUGGGAGUCACGCUUUGUUCCGUCCACUGCAACUGAUAAUCGAGGGAAUACGAGUAAAAUGAACACUUUGGAGGAGUCGUACUACCAGGUAUUGUUUGCUUCCGCAUGUAAACGUUGCCUCCCUCUGGCUGAUUCUUCUGCUUCUUCGAAGAUGUCCAUCAAUUUAACCGAAGCUUACUUAACGCCAAAUGUUUGGUUACGUGCAUUUAUGAGCUUUUUUCAACAAUUCUUUGUAUUAAAUGAUGCCGAUGAUGCGGACGAUGGCGAUGACAAGAACAGUAAUAAUACUAAUAAUGAUAAUGAUAGUGACGAUUACGCGAGGUACUCUGGGGCAGGAGAUGGUUUUUCCCCUAGAACUAUAGGAAACCCUUUCAUAGAGCACGUGGUGCCUUUGGUCAUGCCUUUUGUAUGCGAUUUACUUGUUUCUAUGGAGCUGUGGAAACGAGAGAAUCCACGACAGAGCAGCGCUAUUGACUCUACUCUCACUGCGGUCUUUUCAGUGGUUACGUGGGAUUACUUCACUUGUUACGAACAUGAUUUGAUCAGUAUUCUGGAGGGAUGUUUGGAUGGAUUGCGAGAAAUUGCUGCUUUUUACUUGCCUGCUACCGGCGUGGGGGAGAUCUUGGAAGGCUCACAAGAGGGGUGUAACGUGAAUGAAACCCCAAAUAAACCAAUUCCCUUUUGUGAAAGUCAUGGCAAACUUAUCUCGGAUUUUCAGGUCUGUUUUCGGCGGUUAAUUGGCUUGGUUAGUGCGGUGGAGCCUCAUGUUAUGGGAUUGAUGGACCUCGAUGUGGAGCGGACCACCGCUUUUCUUCAAGGUAUAUUCAAAACGAGCCAGUCGCUUUGCAGCAUCGUGUGGGGCGCGUGCGAGAUAUUGCUGGCACAUGACAACACAGGGAGCGAGAGCGCACACUUCUCUAUUGCCCAGUGCUUGAUUAAUGGCUGUUUGGAUUCCUUCAAUUUUAUUUUUUUUGGAAUGUUUUCUGCUUUGCAGGACCGAGUGGAGUUGGCGGGGUCAUGUAACACGAUUCGGGAGAAGGAAGGGGCCUUGCUGGACUCAAUGAUGCGCAGCUCCACUGCGAUGGCUGAAAUUGUCUUGCGUGGAUGCUCUGCAUGCGCAGAGACGCUGGCGCGCAUCAACGACACUGUCUUUUCCCUCUUUCAACGGUCGCUGCAAUUGGGCGGUAAAUCCCCGCUCUCUUCUUCUGACAACUCGUUUGGUGUAUGCGAGGAUAUCUUGGUUAGUUGGGUGGAAUCUGUUUUUUCUUUGACGGACUCUACAUGCCUCACGGUACAAAAAGACGCACUUCAGCUGUAUGCGGAUCUGCUGAGUUCUACGACUUUACCGCUGGCACUGCAAAGCGCCAAGUUUAUAGAGGAAUUGACGGUCAAAUUUUUACCACGCCUCUGGGAGCUCUUGGGCACAUGUAACGCGGGGAUGCAACCUCACGUUGUGCAACUUCUGGUGCGCCUGUAUGCCACGCAUGAGGGCCGGGCCAUUCUUGAUAACAUUACGAGCGUGGCCACCACGGAGAAUGGGGAACGCCUGCUGCUUCUGUUUUGCUUGUUGGAUGAGGAGAAUGUUUCGGAAAAUGUGUUUUUGCCGGGAUUGUUUAUGAUGCUUCGGGCACUGGAUUGCAAGGACGCUCCCCUUCGAAGACUAGCUCAUUCUAUGGUGCGUCAGUCCCUUCCCUGCUUUCACCGUGUGUUGAAUCCAUUGUUUGAUUCUCUUGUGCGGUACCUCACAUCUCGUGGCGCGGCAGACGAGGAGAAGACGGCGGCUGCCGAACAUGUGGAUUGUGUCUCCGCCCAUUUCAACAAUCAAAUAUUUUUGGAGCACGAGAUGAAUGGUUUGAGCCCAAUGGAGUUUCUUUGCCUGGUAAAGUCCAUAUUGGCCAUCCCUUCUUUUCUGCUUCCGCUACUCACUCGGCUUCACCAGUUGCAACCACCCGAAGGCUUUCGAGCGUUGAUGACGACUAUUUUUCCAAGACCUUUGGCGGCUGCGGGUGAUCAAAAGGGAGAAUCAGAUAUGCCUUUAAAUUCCGCUUUUGCGGUUCUUGGUUGCCUGCUUUUGGGUAUUGUUCGGCGGUGUCUCCUACCGCAAUCCGAUGGGCUUGGAGAAGACAACCCGCGUCUUUAUGUUGAGCUCUGUAUUGAGGCAUGUGAGACGUUGAACCUCAUGUUGGAAGGAACACUUUCUCUCUCCAACCCACCAGAGACAGUUGUACACACGUGGUAUUACGCCACUUUUCAAACGAUGGAUUUCCUUCACGAGGUGGUGAAGCGGCCAGAAUUAUCUGUGACCCAAUUAUUGAUGCUAAAACAUUUUGUGGAUGCCGUGCGUUUUUUGAAUGCCGUGACUCCAACCCCUACCUCUUUCCCUCUUGACGCCUAUUUUUGCAUGCUGGCAAACAAGGCUCACAAAAUUGAGGCAUCGGAAACGGUAGUGGAUGGUGCGGAUCGGAGUACAGCUCGUAACUGCAUUGUGGCGCUAAAAAUUCCCAAAUUUUAUACGACCGUUGCAUUGGGUCUCGAGCAGGCUACGGCCACAGCCCUGACGUCUGCUUGGGCUGCAUAUGAUCUCCUUUCCGUGUGGUGUAACACGCUGCUGGAGCUUUUACCUUUUUUCCACGAGGAACUCGAUGGGGCGUCGGCACACCUCUUGAAGAUAUUUCUCCGGGUCAUUGAUCAGCUGCUGGUUCAAACCACUUCUGUGACGGAGUGCGCCAACUCACGAGUGAUUGAGAAGUUCUUGAAUGCCGUUUACGGCUUACUGGAGUAUCAACUCGCCACUGAGAAACAGAGACGCCAAAGCUACGCUUCUGGAAGGGGACAAUCCGUCGGCUGGUUUGCGGCACAUGUUCCCAUUUUUGGUAGUGGCGGCGGUAGUUCUUCUUCUGCGCAGAAGGCAACGGGCGUGGAUGCAGCGGCAAGCAUUGGGGCCGUACGGCAUUCCAUAAGGCCAGUUGUCUCAAUACUGUGUAAACUGCAUUGUGCCAUGCAUAAGGCUCAAGCACAGAGGGUAGUUGAGGGGGAGAGACCACGCUACGGGGUACGUGGCCGCGUGGUUUGUUCUAAUUUAGAGAGUGCUAUCCAUCGUGUAUUACGUUUGUACGCACAAGAGAUGGGUGCUGAAUUCUACAAGGUGUUUAUAGAUGUGUGGGCGGCCGGCCAUGCACAGCCGUUUACGGAAAUGUUUACUUCUUUGGCACCGAGAGGGAUCCAUUUGUUUAACGACGCUGUACGCAACAGAAUGGAGUUACUUCCUCUUAUUGGGUCAGGUAAUGAAAUGGCAUUGUCUUUUCCAAUGUUUCUUGGUGAUCAGGAGUUAAUUGUUCAGUUACUGAAUGCAGGAACAGGGAUAACUGUGUUGUCGUUGAUUCGCGUACUUGAAGAGCUAUUAAAACAAAAUUGCUCUAAUAAUACUACCAAUUGUUCAUCAUCUUCUCGUCGUCAUAUGUUGGGGGCGGAGUUGCCGUUUGACGCUUCCGUGUUUUAUUAUUUGUACACUUUUAUUUAUACAUGUCGUGUGCCUUCUGGUGAAACUCAGGAGGUAUUGAACGCAUUGAUUGAUGUCGCCAUUACGCAUCUCUCCCAGGGCUCACCCUCAGUGGUCUGUUUGGGCCUUAUCGUGCAGGUUUUCUCUCACUUUGUAUUGGGCCAGUCGGUUCCGAGGUCUUCACCAUCGUCGCCGUGCGAAACUGUGGAGGGGUCAUGUGUGGAAUGGGGCAAGGACAAGCGUUGCUCAAAUAUCAUAUGUAAAGUGUUGGACGCCCUCGGUUCCGUGGCGUUGCACACCUCCUCCAUGCAGGGGGAACUGAUGUUUUCAUUCAAGAUGCUUUCAGUGGCGCUUCCGAGGCUUGCCUGCGGCGCGUUGUCAGACCAGGACCGCAUAGCGACUGCCGUUUUGAGUUUCUACAAGCGGUCUCUUCUUCCCACCAUCAUGUUUGGUGCUGACUCACAGACCGACGCCGAUGUGUUUGCCCGUACGCCGCUCGUCAAGGCGGCGCUUUCUGUGCUACAGGCAAUCAUCAGGCUUGGCGACACCGUCACACGGCGUCUUAGACAGGAAUUGCUUGACGUCCUUUGCACGUGCGACUUUUUUAAUUUUCCGCAAAGUGUUAUACAUGAAUGGGGUGUGAUCUUCGAGUGGCUAUCUCAAGAUUGGACAUUUCAUGGAGAGGCCGUGCAGUUUCUUGCGCCGUCGUCUUCUCACUCCAGCCGCAUUGUGGCGUUGAUACAUUCCGCAGAUGAAGAAGAGCGACAACGUGUUCGGCAAAUAAAACGACUCGCCUUUUAUGUGACGUGUAUGCUGCCCUCCACUCUGAUGCUGGACAGAGAGUUCUGUCUUCUGAUUCGAGGGCGCAUUGCGGAUAGCCUUCGCUCUUUUCACUCCAUUGCGUCAGGGAAUUCCAGCAAUGGAUCCGGAUCCGGGUAUCGUUCUGUGCGCUACGCCCUUUUCCUCUUCCGUGUCUUGGUGACGAAAUUAGACCCCGUCCUGUUGCAUCCGUUCUGGCCGGUUGUUCUUCCAACUGCCUUUAGGGCGCUCUCCAUUCCAUCCCCAUCCGUUGAUGCGGCGGCGGGCAAAAGGAAGAACACUGAUGGGGAGCUUUUGGCGCUGCAGAUGGAGUGCCUUAAACUUCUUGACUUUGUUGGGGUGAUUAUGCCCGAUACGUUUUCGCCAUUCCACUGGGUAUUUUUUGACGAUUUGGAUGCCACCAAUGUCAUUGUGCCGAAUAAUGCGAAGGAGGUGUUUAUACCCAUCGUGCAUCGUCUCGAACUUAGUCUACGGUUACGCACUGUCUCACUCCAGGACGUGUGGGCACCCGCGGUAUCAUCAUCGAGUGCGUUUACCAAUUGGACGGGAUAUCAACGGCCACUCUUGCGCUUUCCCCCCAUAUGUUACGGCAGUCUGCGGGGGAUUGGCCCUUGUGCUGCAGCACUUUCUCUCUUUUAUCGUUCUGGUGGUUUUUUGACGGCGAGUCAGGCACCCGAGCAGUUGUUGUCAGCUGCGUCUACUCGGCUUAUGGAUGGCUGGGACGAGGCAUAUGUACGUGCACUUGUUGAAGCAGACCUUUCCUGCGUCCUAGAUAACACUUUACCCACUCCUUCCCGUUGA